UGAGAAGCUUCUAUGCAAAGUUUCUGCACAUGAUGACUGCUGUUGUAUCAUGCCAUCUACUUUCAUUUUGAGGUCCCUGAGCCAGACAACAGCUUUUUAAACAGCCUUGGAUCCAUCUGCUGGUUGACGAACAGAGAUCCCAUGGCCUUUCUACGCAAAUACAUCUGGGUGGUGUUGAUACUGGUGAUGAUUUUUGUUUCGCUGGUCAUCGGCAUCAUUUUUGUCUUCAUCAACAAGUGUAUAUCCAAAAAAGGGAGACAUCGCAUUUUACAGCUUCAGGGAAGAUCUGACGGCAGAGUCGAGAGCAAUAAAUACCUGUUGAAUCAUCCUGACACAGGUACACCUCCUCUCCCACCUCGGACACAGUUUCUAACCGCAGAGGCUCAGAGUUAUGAGAAUCUGGCUGAAGGACAAGAGGGAGAUGACCAGAGUGAUCAUGACUAUGAGGAGGCCUUGGACCAGAAGCUGGACUCUGUGAAGGUACAGGACAAUACAGGGACCUUCCGUCCUCCUCCAACCUGCAAUCUUCCAAACAGCAAUUCUAAGAUAUCAGCCGGUCAGAGCUACGAGAAUCUGGCAGAGGAGAAUGACUACGCAGAGAGCACAGAUCAACAGCCGGAUUAUGUGAAGGUGGAGGAUGAGACACAGAGUUUUGCUCCUCCCACCCUCUGUGAGGAUUCAAAUAUGAAAUGCAGCAGCUCACUGGCUCAGAGCUAUGAAAACCUUGCUGAUCAGAAUGAGUACGAGGAGAGCAUGGACCAGCAGUCAGACUAUGUAAAGGUGGAGGAUGAAGAGGUGUUCCCACCACCACCAACCGAGGGAGGAAGGGACAACAUCUCCACCGCUUCUACUGAGGACUAUGAUGACAUCGGUGCAGAAGAUGAGGAGGACUAUGAUGAUGUGGCAUAAAAUCACAAGAGAAAGGGACAGACUUUUUUAACUCCUCAUUUUCUGACUCCUGCACAUAUUCUCCUGGUUUGUCCUCCUUAUUUAGUAGUAAUCAAUAGCUGAUUCCUCUGCAACCUGUUAACUGGUCAUUUACAAGGCGUUUCAGCUGCCCUUUGUAAGUUGCCAUCUAAGUUAUGUUUAGAAAAUGUAUAAAGCAUGAGCAUAGUAAACAUAGCAUGAAUGCCAUCAAUACAUAACUAAUUAAUUUGACUAAGGCUGUUUUCUAACAUCUUUUUUUUAAUAAUAGAUGGAGCAGAGAUGAUUAUAGAAAAGAUAUAAAAGAAAUGCAGAGAUUUUUUUUUGUUAUGUUUCUU